AUGAGUCAACGACUCUACGCGACUCCUCCGAGGGGCCAAUCUGUUUCGGUAAACAGCGCCCUGCGACGGCCCGCUCAGCAAAUCUGCCAGGCUUUGGUCGCUGCUGAUAACUUGGCCGAGUCGACCUUCGCAAUCACUCGUGGUGCUGUGCUUCUCGCAUCCUUCACAUCGACCAAUCCUCGCGUCCAUCAAAUUUACAUUGCAUGGACGAAUCCAUCUCUCGGUCAGCAUGCAAUUGCCACGGUCGAACUCACUUCACAUACUUCAGCUCGACCAAAAUUAUGUUCAUCAACAACGCCAUGUCCGGAUCCGGCGCUGGGCAGUCUCAACUUCAUUGUUUCGACCACCGGACUCGACGAAUUCUGGCUUACAAUGCUGUUCUUUGUGCACCUGCAUUCAAUUUAUCAAGCGGCCCUGGCAGAGAGAAUGUCUGACAACUUUCGAGGAUGGCUGGAUUGGACCUCCGGCAACACUUCCAGCCCCCCAGUGGACCAGGGCCAGCAGGACGAAGCAGUGAGGAUCUUUGAAGCCAUCAACGAGAAUGAGCCUGCUUGGGACAUUACCACCCACUCCUCGCUCCCAGCUUGGGUGACGACUGACGAUCUCAGAAGAGUUUGGUUCAGCAAUACCGAUUACUUUCUGCCUUUUUAUGGAUCGCUAUACCCAGAUUAUAGAGACGUCAUACUGGAUACAAGCACUAUUGAGUUUCUUGAAUUACUUCGCCGUAUGGUCAAGCCACGUCCUAUCACGGUUGAUGUGCUCGUUCAUGAGGAAGGCAUCUUCAAUCGGAUCUCCCUACACAGGUUGCUCCUCGUCAGCUAUCAUCUAGGAGGACGCAGCGACCUGCUCAACAUCAGGGUCAUCGCCAGCACAGGCUCUGGUAGACUCGAUACGAAUGCGAAAAUCGCAGACCCACUCAAAGUGCGUCUACUACAGGACUGCGCAACUAUGCAGAAGUUCAGGGAUGGAACCAUGAGUCUGGAACAAGUGUUCGAUGAGUACGAAGUACCCCUCACCCGAAGCGAUAUUCAGGCACUCUCGCCUGAGAAUGCUGUGGCUAGGCUCUUGACUGGACAGACUAUAUCGGCUGGCAUAUACAGCGAUUUCGGACUGUCGAACCAGUCGACGGCUCAACUCAAGCAGUACUGUACAGAGUUGAAGGCAGAAGCAAAUUCCCGGGCAGAGGAAGAAGAUGAUGAGGAGGAAGACUCGGACGAAGCUUCAGAUGAAGACAAAGAGUUCUCCGGUUUGAACGGAAAGACAACUAGACAGUAAAGAUAUCUAGAGCGGAGAGCUACUGGUCGAAUAUAGAAAUGUUUUGGACGAGCUGCCUGUCGAAAGCAAUCUCUUCGAAUAGCACCAUGAGCGACAUACAAACAUGUUAACUUGAGAUGUGUUCCUGAUCUGCUGAUCAAUCUUACUUUGCGACUGGCCUAACACCAGAGUAGAUGUUUGCACAUAUUCUGCCAACACGCUUGUAAUUG